AUGACAUUUGCAAGUAAAGGGCAUAUGCAAGUGGUAACAGGGCUGAAUCGUGGAUAACAAUCGGGUUCCUGAUGAUCCAAUUCAUCAAGGUUUAUAUGACAAGUAUUUGGGCCGUGUCGUCUGGUGUUUGCAAGGAACAUCAACUUCCUAAUGAACGCCACAUCUCACCGCCAAUUCCUUCCAACCGUAAUCUCAAGUUCACAAAAGCCGACAAUAACGGACAAAUGGCAGAUUCGCAUCGAUACCGUGGGUGAGAGCGAUCUAAAACCGGACUUGUUUUUAAACGGUGGUCGAUACAAGAAUCUACCAUCGAACACUAUGGUACAUGUACCAUGACAAAUGUAAAACAGUAGCACGGAGCACCGCCUCCUCCGCCAUGCCCAGCCCCUGCUCGCCUCCAACCAAAAACCAGCUUCAGGGAAAUUCAGAAGUGGCUAUCUCAUGGAGUGUAACUAAGUCCUUGGCUAUAAACCUGGCACGACGAGCUCUAUGUUUUGGCUUCCCAUGAUCAAAGGCUGAAGUGUUUGCAUUUGGUCUUGUAACUUGGAGAUUGAAUCGAAUCGUAUUUGGGUGUAUUCAUCUUUUGGAGAACCUUCUGAUGGUAUGUGUGUCGCUUGAGCAGUUUUAAAUGAUUGAUGAUUCUGGGUUCAACAAUUCUGAAAGAAUGGAAUCAAAUGUUUCUGUAUCUGGAGAGAUUUCAAAUGGAAAUAUGUGUGACUCAACUGAUCUUGAAGCAGUAGAAGAUUUCGAGGGAAAUGAGCAUAUAUCUCCAAAUAAUGAAAACAUGAAUACGGGUGAAAAUAACAAAAACAAGCAGGAAAGUACGGACAAGAAAGGGGUGGAUAUUUCAGCAGGGAAGGCAAUAAUUAAUUGUGAAGUUCGUAGAAAUAUAGAGCCAUUUGAAGGCAUGGUAUUUGAAUCCGAAGAAGCAGUGAGGACCUUCUAUAAUGAAUACGCUCUCCAGAUGGGUUUUGGCAUCCGAAACAGUGUUAACCGCCGUAAGAAUGGUGAGAAUAUUAGUCGAUACUUUGUGUGCUCCAAGGAAGGUCACCGUGAGAGGAAGCACCUAAUGAGUGAGCAGCCAAGACCACAUACAAGAGAAGGGUGCAAGGCAUUAAUUUAUGCAAAGAAAGUGGAAUCUGGACAGUGGAUCAUUAGGAAAUUUGUCAAGGACCACUCUCAUCCAAUGGUCUCUCCAAACAAUGUGGUGCUGCUUCGAUCUCAUAGGCGUGCAGCUAAUAGAGAAAAAAACUUCAUCAGCACUUUUGACAAAGAACAAAGCAUCCAUGUUGAAGAGAAGAGUCGAGAACUCAAUGUCCAAGUGCGAGACAAUAAUAGUUCUCGUGAACCCCUGACCUUGCGAUACAAUGAUCUCCGAGAGCACGCCCUUAAAGUUGCCGCUGAAGGGGCGACGACGGCCGGGAGCUACCGUAUCGCAAUGCGUGGUAUACAAAAGGUUCUGCAUGAGGUUAUCAUGGCCAAAGUUAAGAUGAUCACACAUAUAGGUGGUGUUCAAGGAGGUAAUACUAGCGACGAGAGUCAACCAGCUUCCACUUUGGAGAAUGUGAAUUUUGAUGAUCCUCAACAGACAAUGACAAGAGACUGCACCCCCACAACUAGACUAAAUCUAGGCUGGGAGAAUUCAUCAAAGAGGAGAAAGACAUGUGUUAAUUGUAAAAAGCAAGGUCAUGACAAACGUACCUGUUCAUAUUCAGAUUCAAGGGGGACGACUUCUGAUAAUGUUACGUGUGUUCCAACGAGUGCCGUCCCUGAGAAUGAAUUUGUCCAUUCCACUCAGAUUAUUUAUUUCUUGGUUUUGCAGGUUUCUAUUGAUGGACAACAAAGAUUUGAGCUUGGAGGAUAUGCAGAAAGAUGAACAUUGUAAAUAAAGGUGCUGUGUUCCCUUGUAAAGAUGAGUGAUAUCAAUCUUGAAUUAUAGGAUAGCAAUCCAAGGUCUGCAUGAUUCAUUCACCGAGGUUCAUUAGGUUAUCAGGUGGGCAACUUCAAGGCGCCUGGAAUACCCCUGUAUAUUUUGGUCUCUCCCUCUCUUUCAUUUUCAUGUGACGGAAGUGUUACUUGCAGUUUAUGUAUAUUUUUGUCACCGUUAUAACUGUUUUUUUUUAAUUUAACCUUUCAUUUCAU